CAGCAACAGCAGCAGCAUCAUCAGCAGCAGAAGCAGCAGCAGCCUACACUGCGCUCUGCGUCAUUUUUUUUGUUUGUUUGUUUCUUUCUUUAAACAACAACAAAAAAAAACAUCGCGACCUUGCCGCUUUCUAUUUUCUAUUGCUCGAUCACCGAUUAUAACCAUCAUCAUCAUCUUACACAGACGCGCAGUAUACAUCACUCUGCUGUGUGUAUGUGUGCUGUGUGUGUGUGGGUGUGCACGCCUGUGUUUAAUGGUGAUUACUGGUGGAUGCUGUUGAAACGCGGUUAGAAUUGCAUCGCCCUCCUUUCGUCGUCUUCAUCAUCAUCACCACCCUCCUCGUCGUCGUCCCCCAGCGGAGGGAGCAGAAGGAGCGAAGACUUCGCAGCUGAGAGACGAUCACGGCCUCCUGCCGCCAGCAUCGCCGUGCACAUCUUAGCUGGAGCUGUCCGGAGCUGAGCUCUGGAAAAUACCACUACCUCCCCCACCAUUUCUGCUGUCAGGGGGGGAGGUGUCCAUGAAAAUAUAAUGCCAGUGUCUUGUAGGCGAACGCUCAACGUCAUCUCGUAGGAGAGAAAGGAAGGCGAGAAGAAGACGUAACGAGGGGAAGCCGGCCGGUUGGGCCCGGCGAGCACAAAAGCGAGCGACCAUGUCCCACACGUACGACCGCGACCUGGAGUUCGAGCACUUUGCCGAGCGCGAUAAGGGCCGCCGCCACUCCCGUGGCUCUCGUGGCCUCAACGGGCUCCCAAGCCCCGCGCACAGCGCGCACUGCAGCUUCUACCGCACGCGUACGCUGCGCACACUCAGCACCGAGAAGAAGGCCAAGAAGGUGCGCUUCUACCGCAACGGUGACCGAUACUUCCGUGGCAUCGUCUACGCGGUGUCGCCGGACCGCUUCCGCUCGUUCGACGCGCUGCUCGAGGACCUGACGCGCACGCUCACGGACAAUGUGAACCUGCCGCAGGGCGUGCGUGCCAUCUACACGUGCGACGGCAGCCGCCGCAUGCUCACACUGGAUGAGCUGGUGGAAGGCGAGAGCUACGUGUGUGCCUCCAAUGAGCCGUACCGCCGGCUGGAUUACACCAAGACGCUAAAUCCUAAUUGGUCGGUGAACAUCAAGUCCUCGGGUGGGAAGGCACAGAGUGCGGCGGGCUCCAGCCGGCAAGCUGUGGCAGGUGUCUCCAAUCCAAUUGAUGCCCACAUUGAUUUUUUUGGUGGCUCGGAGUCACGUGAUUUCAUCCGGCCCAAGCUGGUGACCGUGAUCCGGAGUGGUGUGAAGCCACGCAAGGCCGUACGCAUCCUGCUCAACAAGAAGACUGCACACUCCUUCGAUCAGGUGCUCACGGACAUCACGGAUGCCAUCAAGCUGGAUUCGGGAGUGGUCAAGCGACUCUACACACUUGACGGCAAGCAGGUGGCCUGUCUGCAGGAUUUCUUUGGCGAAGACGAUGUGUUCAUAGCGUGCGGCCCGGAGAAGUUUCGCUAUGCUUCGGACGACUUCCUCAUCGAUGAGGGCGAGUGCCGGGUGAUGAAGGCCUCCUCCUACUCCAAGGUGACGGUGCCACCACCGCGUGGCCUGAGGAGCCCCGGAUCGUCACGCCGGAGCAAAUCUCCUGUUUCAGUACGAGGAUCCAGCAUAUUUUCUACUGCUCGAUCGCCCGUGAGGUCACCUGUUACCAGUACUCCGAGCAGCCAGUUGUCUACCCCAAGCAUGGCCAAGUCGCCCAGCCCAGCCUCAACCUCGCCCGGUAGCCUGCGUCGUCGCAAGAGCCCGUCGUACAGCGGGUCUCACUCGUCCCUCGCCUCCCCGCGGGGAACCGAGCCGGACGACUCCCUCAACGGGCCCAGUCCCGAGGACUCUGUUAUUAAUGGAGGAAAGUUCCACCCUCCAUCGGCAAUCACGGCCAAGUACAAAAUCGGCAAGGUGAUCGGUGACGGAAACUUUGCGGUGGUGCGGGAGUGCAUCGAGCGAUCCUCCGGACACGAAUAUGCCCUGAAAAUCAUUGACAAAGCAAAGUGUAAGGGGAAGGAGCACAUGAUCGAGAGCGAGGUGUCCAUCCUGCGGCGCGUCAAGCACCCCAACAUCAUCCUGCUCGUCGAGGAGGUGGACACACCCUCCGAGCUCUACAUGGUCAUGGAGCUCGUCAAGGGCGGGGAUCUCUUUGACGCCAUCACGUCGUCCACAAAGUACACGGAACGCGACGCCAGUGGAAUGCUCUACAACCUGGCCAGCGCGGUGGCUUACCUGCACGCGCUCAACAUCACGCACCGCGACAUCAAGCCCGAGAAUCUGCUGGUGUGCGAGUACGAAGACGGCAGCAAGUCUCUGAAGCUGGGGGACUUUGGCCUGGCCACGGUGGUGCAUGGCCCCCUCUACACCGUGUGCGGCACGCCGACCUACGUCGCGCCCGAGAUCAUUGCCGAGUCCGGUUACGGCCUCAAGGUGGACAUCUGGGCAGCGGGAGUCAUAGCCUACAUCCUCCUGUGUGGCUUCCCUCCUUUCCGAGCGAGUGAUGGCGAUGACCAGGAGGCCCUCUUUGAUCAGAUCCUGGUGGGGCAGCUGGACUUUCCAUCCCCGUACUGGGAUAACAUCUCACUCACUGCUAAGGAGCUCAUCUCUCGGAUGCUGCAGGUGGACGUGGAUAAACGGUUCUCCGCCGAGCAGGUGUUGGCUCACCCCUGGGUUGCGGAUGACGUGGCGCAGGACGAGGACAUGAGGAUGUCGGUCAAAGGGAAGAUCGAGAAGCACUUCAACGCGGGCAAAGCGGGUGGGCUCUCGAGCGCCGGAAUCGCCGUCAUUACCACCACUUCCCUCGACAAGGAGGGGAAGGUGUUUAGGGGCCGUCGCCAGCCCGGGUUGCCCCGGGUGGACGGGGGGGCGGUGGGGGGAGUGGCGGUAGCAGGGGCCGGGGCCGCGGCAGCGGCGCCGGGCGGUGCUAACCGCCUGUCCACGGCCAGCGAGGACCAAACAACAUCGGAGUCGGGGAACUACUCGCCCGGUUCCUCUGAGCCUCUGCAGUCGCCUUUAUCUCCUUUCUGAGACCACGUUUUCCAACAACAACAACAACAUGUUGAAAGGCUGACCAUAAAAUUGUAAAAUUAAACUGUGAUCACAUUUAUAAUCUUGAGGUGUUUACAUGCACAUCUUCCCCAAAAUGCUGACACAAAAUCAUCACCGCAAGAUUCAGCUGGAGGCCCCGUGAAAAAGACUAAUGAAUCAUUGGCCCUGUCCUCAUAUUCCGAGUUUGUGAGCUGCUCAGCCCACGAAUGAGUCUCUUAAGGGCACUAAUCCAAAUUGCUUUGCACGGAUAAAAGCAUUACUCUGAAGAUAUUACCGGAGGUGUGCGCUCUGCAUGUCUCUCUUUCGCUGUGAUCCAUCUGAUGAUUCUGCCUACACUGAAGAAGUUCACCAGUGGGGCGAUGGCUCAAACCUCACGUCUACAAAUUCCAUGCACCGUCUGCCACUCUUUGUGAUUCACCCAUCGCUGCUUUUGCCUCAGGAUUCCAUUUUAAGUCUUACGGAACGUACGCCACCGUAAAAAAAACCUUAUAUAAAGCCAUGGCAUGCCAUGAUGUUAAAUAGCAAACAUUUGGAAAUGUUAGUACAACCUGCUGACAAGUGGGAAAAUGAAGACUUAGAAAAUUAUGUAGGAAAAAAUGUGCUUCGAUAAGGAUGUUAGUCUUUUUGCACCUUGCAGCUCCAUUAUAACAACAUGAACAAGUCGUAGGUGUUUUAAAAUAUCACAGCAAAGAGUAGUCUGGCACUGGUAAAGCGUCUGAAUUCAUCGUAACUUAUAAUUUAUUAAACGCGGGCUUAUUACUUUGCGUCUAACCGUGGCGUGUUAAGAUAUUUUCUCCUGUAUGCGACAUCGCGUAGAGACUCGCUCGUGUGAGUUAUAGACAUUAAACCCGUCACUUCACGGUACUGACUCGGCAUCUCUUUGAUGUCUCGGUUCCCUGGUGGACUUCUUGUGACGAUACACACCAAGAGAGGCUGCCUCGGAGACGAUUUCAGCGUAGUCGCCCAUUUACAAAAUGGACCCAGUCCAAGCUAAAUCCAUCCGCCAAGUCUGGAAGAGUCGUGCUGUUACUCUGCAUGAGAUAUUUCAUCUGGAUCGUGCCAUUCGUGUCCCGGGGUUCUGACUUUUGGUCAGAUGUGUAUUGGUGCCUGUUUCUCAUCAUGGUAAUGUAGGGCUCGUUUCAACAAAGCUAUGAUUUCCUGACAAUUUGUAUAUAUUUUUCCUCAGACCAAGUUCACAGAAUGUUGCAUUAAAUUCUACUACCCGAGUCGAACACUUCACAGAGUGCUCACUGUGGAAAAUGCAGGCUGAGCGUGUGGCAAACAACAUUCCUUCAGGAUUUUCGUGAGCAUGUAACAAAAACUGUAAAAAAGACUGCAUCAACCCAGCAGCCAAAUUCAUGUCGCACAAGCCCUGGAAUGUGAACGAAUACUUUGAAAAACCAGCAAUGAUAGACUGUCAUUCCCGCAUAAGACACUUUUAAAAUAAAUACAAGAAAACCAUCCAUAAUACAAGAAAAUCACUUCAAUGAAAAUACAGCCACUAGGUGGCCCUGAUGGGUCCAAGUUUCCCCAGCCCGUGGACAGAGUCGCUUGCAAUUGUCGACCAAGAAACGGGGGGGGGCUGACUUCUCUGUUCUCAAUGCGUCGCUCAGAUCAAGUGGCUGACGAGUGGUUAUUGAACACGUGAUGACUGGACGCUAAACCUGGUCGCAUCUACCCAAGAAUGGCGUGGCCACAGCGUUACAAUGUUAGUCGUGAUGAAUGUGGACGCAAAUAAAAAGCAACUUAUCGCAACUGCAAGGAUUUCAAACGAGCAGUGUCGGGUUUCCCUUGCAAUGGAAGACUUUCUGUUACUGGCAAACUUGCAGAUUUCAAUGUGUCAAUAAUAUAUUUCUCCAACCAUGGAAGCAGAAACUCUUGAGCCCAUCCGGAUAAACCGCGUGUGGCCAGAGCCGCAACAUGACGUCGACAAAUUGUUAAACAAAAAAACUGAACCGACCCGUUGGGGAGGCUAUGGGGCUGGUGGAUUUGUUUGUGGAUGGCAGCACACCCGGUGGUGCGGACGCUGCGACGAGCAGCCGGGUGCCCUCCGGACGAAUGGGAACGGAGGCGGCAAGCGCCGUGGCUUUGCGUGGGCACCGGCACGCGCCGCUGUCGAAAUAACAAUGUACUUUAUUUUCUAUUGUGGUGAUUCGUAACGUCUACAGUACUUAACUACUGUCUACGAUGAGCAGGGAGCUGGUGGCGGGUAUUGUCACCAGGAUUGUUAUUUUUUUCAAGACUUCAUUUCGAUUUUGUUCACGGAACAAAUAAACCACCCCAAUACCACCUAAUCCCUUCCGUGAAAUGGGCCAAGAUAAAACAAAUCUCGCUUCCAGGUCUUGGUUUCUUCAAGCACAGUGACGGGGCAGGCACGCAUAGAGACCCUGUCUGCCCAGCCGAGAGCAGUGCAGCUGAACGAUUGUGGGCCGCAAUAGAUAUUGGUUCAGAAUGAAUUAAGUAAUAAAUUAAGAACGAAUCACGGAGAAGUUAACAAAAAAUGUAAAUUGUUCUUAUGACCCCAAAUUUCGCCGUUGGAGUGGCUUGUGAUAACGGUUUGGUAUGAUUACAUGUUAGGGCAUCCUCUUGAAUAUUCUUUGUUAGUGAGUAAUUUAUUCAAUUAUGGUAAUUUUGGUGUGCUUGGAGAGGCCUUCAUCCAAAAGUAGAUUGUACAUGGUUUAAAGGUAAAACUAAGGUGUCGGAUCAACCAUAGCCGACGUUGCGAAAGAUAUAACCAUCUACAUGUCAAGUGUAGCCGUCUGAGAUUUUACAGGACAGGCAGUCCUGUACUAUUUAAAAAAGGGAACAUUGGUUAUUUGUGCUUUUUGGUUUCUCUGAGCAGCCUCCUGCAGUCGGCUUUGUUCACAGCUACGGUCCUGGAGACCUUACUGACAAUGUCGAGAUUUGAAUCAAAAGCCCUUACCGUACGAAUAUACUGCCGUUCCACUUGCAGGUUAAUAUCAUGAGUCAUUGGGCCAGAUCAGUGGUCCUUUUUAUGUAAAUGUUCACAGAAAUAAUCGCAGAAAGUUUCCCAUGAAUUUUAGAGCUUCAUAAGUACUUACAGAAGUGUAUGAAACAGGGGGUUGUGUGUGUUUUGUGGUCUCCGGAGUAGAUACAUAAUUUUAAAAGAGGGAAGUUUAUAUGAUAUGUAUAUAUAUGUACUAUCGGUAAAUCCCCUAAUGGUAAUAACAUAGUAAUCUGCUGCAAUAAAUUAAAUUAAUGUAGCGUGAUGUCCAACCUAUACGCUAUUGUAUAACUAGUACUAACAGCCGUUUGGUUCUUUAGUCCAGUCUUCGGGUCAGUGUGAAUCCCAGACUCGGGAAUGUUCCGAUCAAAGUGUCUUCAUGUCAAUGGGAGAGGCUACCCCAGUGCGGUUCGCUUUACCUUGUGUAUUGAUUGUGAUUAGCUUCUGGUGGCUUAAGAACUGCCCAUUGCCACCUGUUGAUUGAACAGAGAGAUAGAUACAAGACGAUAAUUUCAAACAUCAGCAAAGGGUUUUGGAAAUACUUCUAUAUAAUUAAAAAAAAAUUACAAUAUUCAAAUUGGAAACAAUAAUUAGUGAGCUGUCAGUAGAAUAAUAUGAUUAUUUACAGAAAAAAAUGUUGCAUUUUGAAUGCAUGCAAUUAAUUGCAUGACAAUAAUACAUGCAAAAGCAUGCCAGAAAAAUAUACAACGCGGUCCCUAACAAAGACAUGGACAUUGCAACGCCUGCACGUGUAGUUUCACAAAUAACUGCAGCUAUAGGCUCCAUCAUUUGCGAGCGUGAGCAUAUGGGCAUGCGCUCUUGAAAGCCGAACUAACUGGGUUGGCCACUCCAUCCGGGAAUUGAGCCACGGUGUUGCAGGGGCAGCGAUAGAUGGGUACGAGGAUGAUUGAUAAUGUUGAUCAUUAUUGUGUGUUUCGGGCGCGCGAUGCGAGAGAAACUGACCGAAUAGACUCCGGCGGCUAUAGCGUUGUUAUAAACAUGCCGCGUACGCACAAGGUGUGGGCGACGCGUGCGCUUGCCAGCCGCCGUCGCCACCGCAAGCAGUCCCACCUCCUCUUCUUGUCCAGCGGUCAGUCAUUCCCGCAAUUAACGCAUGCGUGGGUGCCGGUUGCAUGCGACCCCAAGGAUUGCUGGUUGACCGUGGGGAGACGGACGGGACUGCGUGCUGUCGUGUAUUGCUCAUCGCUGUUUGGUGUUGUAGGGAAGUAUUUUCAACUUAGUUAUACCAUACGUACAUACGUGCAGACGGGGGUUGUUAAACUGUGCCCGGGCGGAAUGCUGUGCGGUCAGGUGCCACCCUGUGAAAAUGCAGUUUGAGAUCAAUUAUCACCCAUCCUGCAGUCACCAGCACACAAGGCCAGAGUGAGGCCACGUCAAUGGAAAAAUUGAAAUCCAGAUUACCAGGAGGGCCUGACCACAGCGAUCCACUUGCACAUUUUAGACAGCUCCAUGCACAGCUGUGAUGCUUGAGUAGACAACUCUUCACGUUUUAUCAGAUGGCAAGUAGGCUGACGAUGAAUAAAUUAAUCAAAACAUAUACAUAUAACUGCUGGUCACACAUACUUUAUUAGCGUAACCCGUCCGACGUAAUCGUAUUGCGGUAUGCCUUUGGAGAGCCACCUCCUAAGUCGAUGUCCAGAACUGAUAGCCAAAGGAAUUACACCGACAAAACAGUCAUCCCUGGGUCCCUUGACGACACCUCUGCCUCCCAGUUGCGCGUGCGUACAUUACAAUGUGCAGCCUGGUGUCUGUCAGCAAUUUUGAUUUCGAGGCGGGGGUGGUACAGCACGCGCACGGAUUCCCCCCCUCCCGAUCUCUCCAUCGUAGCGGUUGCAUCGCGUGCGCGCGCGUGUUGCAAUCCGUGGCGGUGCGACCCGCGCGCUCUUCUCGAUCCGUGUACCCCGCGCCGCUUUCAUCCCCGUUUGUGCUCGUUAGUGCUUCGUUAAACCGCGCGCCGCGAGGAGAUCAAAUAAAACUUUGCUACAUUAGAGGAGGCA